AUGGCCUGGCAGCCGGCUUUGGUGAAAGUUUACUUUUGGUAUUCUUUGGCCAUUGGAGUUACCGCCAAUCGCCUAGUCAACCGGAGGUUCUUCACCUCAAAACUCACCCGCACUUACGUCUUGGUGUAUAACGUCAUCACGCUUGUUGGAUUCCCGAUAGUACUAUGGGCCUCAGAGGGAAAAUUCCAGGUGAAGAUGAACUACCCCGUGCUCAUUCUGGUUACCUACAGAGUGCGGUUCAUUGUGGCCUACAUCAUAGUUGCGUACACGAUAUUAUCGCGGGGAUUUCGGGACCUGGCUUUUCUGGAAAUGGACCCACUGCUCACCAAGUUGUAUAAGGAAGAAACGCGUAGGGGUCUUAGCCAAAUAAGUGGAUCCCUUCGACUGUUGUUUUACCUGAAGUUUACUACCAUCAUUUGGCGUUGCUGCACCGACUCUGUAUUCCUCUUCUACGCCGCCGACGGCUAUAGUUUGGCCAACAUUGUCCGAUUUCUGUUUCUGAGCAACUGCUACAACAUGUUGAACGUGGUCUCCAUGAGCUAUUUCCUCUCCAUGUGGCACGUCGCCAGUGGGUACGAGUGUGUGAAUGAGCGACUGGAGAAGCUCUCCAAGUCGCGACCAUCUAGGAGGGGCUUGAAGGAGCUGCAUCACCUCUGGUCCCUUCACACCGACCUCACCCAGACAGCGCUCCGAAUAAACAGGAUCUACAGCCCCCAGAUGCUGGCCUCCCGGGUCGAUUGCUUCGUGUUUGGCGUAGUCCAGGGCUACUGGGGCGUCUUCUUCACCUUCGACUUGGACACUCCCAAGUUUUGCUUGGUCUAUGGGACUAUGUCCUACUUAAUGAGUUCCCUGGACUACUACCUCAUCGACCACUUGUGUGACCUCGUUGGAAAGUAUCAGAAUGCGCGCAGGGAUGCUUGGAGCGAGAGUCGCUGGACGAAAGAGUCUAGUGCCUUCGUGACCUACGCGAACAGCUCAAAGUUGGAACUCUGGACCUGCGGGUUGUACCAGGUCAACCGAAGUCUCUGGUUCGAUAUGAUCAGUGGGGUCCUCUACUACUUUGUAAUGCUGUUGCAGUUCCAUUUGGCGCUACAAAAGGCCUAA